GACUUAAUAACCCAGCGUGGAAGCUUCCUAAACCCAGCAGACAGCUGUAACCAAAUUCUCUUUGAAAAUCCUGGAACAACCUCAGGUUACUACUGGCUGCUGAGCCCCACAGGCCGUGUAGUGAACGUGUUCUGUGAUAUGGAGAGGGUGUGUGGGUGUGACGAGGGGGGAGGAGGGUGGACGAGAGUGGCUGAUAUCAACAUGACUAGACCC